AGCAAUAGAUGUCCACAAAGUUAAUAAAGUUCUAUCGCUUAGAAAUUAGCCGCAUGAUCUUAACCAUUAUGGCUAAUCAAAUUUAAAAAAGUGGAAUAUGUCUAUCAACAUAACCACACCAUAGUAAUAGGUUCCCGCGGAUUUCUUUAUAAGAUACAAACGGAACAAAAUUAAACAAAAUGAGUGUGCUUUGGGUUGAUAAGUAUCGCCCAAAGGAUUUAUCGUUGUUAGAUUUUCACAUUCAGCAAGCUCGUGAAUUGAAAAAUUUAGUCGAACACAGUGACUUUCCCCAUUUACUAAUAUAUGGUCCCUCAGGAGCCGGAAAAAAAACUAGGAUCAUGUGCAUAUUAAAGGAACUAUUUGGAGCUGGAGUGGAAAGAUUAAAGUUGGAAACAAUGACUGUUACAACACCUUCCAACAAAAAAUUAGAAAUUAUGACUGUAAGCAGUAAUUAUCAUAUAGAAAUCAAUCCAUCAGACGUUGGCAUCUACGACAGGGUUGUGGUUAUGGAUCUCAUUAAAAAUAUUGCUCAAACACAACAAAUUGUCACUAGUAAUGUUCAAAAGGAUUUUAAAGUAGUAAUUUUGACAGAAGUUGAUAAUUUAACCAAAGAUGCACAACAUGCUUUAAGACGUACAAUGGAAAAGUAUUCAAGUAACUGUAGAUUAAUUCUCUGUGCUACAUCAUUAUCUCCUAUAAUACCUGCUAUUCAGUCUAGAUGUCUACCACUCCGAAUUCCUGCUCCUAGUAUUGCAGAAAUUUCAAAUAUUUUAAUAAAUACCUGCAAAAAAGAAGAUCUUCACUUGCCAGAAUUAUUGGCAAAAAAAAUAGCUGAAGCUGCAGAUGGUAACCUCCGUCGUGCUUUAUUAAUCUGUGAAGCUUGCAAAGUUGAACAAUAUCCAUUUAAUCAACAUCAAACUAUUGCAGAGCCUGACUGGAGGAUUUUUAUAAAAAAGACUGCAAAUGCCAUAGUGCACCAACAAUCUCUAAAUAAUUUAAUGAAAGUUCGAGAAAACUUGUAUGAGUUAUUAACUAAUGGAAUUCCUCCGGAAAUUAUUUUUAAAUAUUUAGUCCAAGAACUAGUGCUUAAAUGUGAUCAACAAAUUAUUCCAGCAGUUCUACAUGAGGCAGCAAUCUACGAGCACAGAAUGUCACAAGGUAAUAAACACAUUGUUCAUCUUGAGGCAUUUGUGGUGAAAUUUAUGUGUCUAUAUCGCAAUCAAUUAAAGCACCUUAUGGAAGGCUUGUAAACUAGUAACUCUUUUUGUAAACUGUUUAUGUUUUAAAAAUUUUGAAUAAAAUGUU